CUCAUUGUAAGGUGGAAGAAACGUGAUGGGGACACGGAACGGGGGGAGGGGGGAGACAGGGAGGAGAGAUACGCGUCCCGUUCUUGUCCAGCGUGGCUCGAAAGUGUGUGGCAACGCGUUCCAGCUAGCCAGUUAUCGUAGGACAAGGAGACGCCAGACUGGCCCAAACAUGGAUAUACUCCCAAGUGACCCACACAAAGCUCUGUCCCUCCGCAACGAAGUCAUCUUUGGAAGAAUCCAAAUGGAGGAGAUUUAUGAAAUAGCCGACGAACCUCUUGGUGAGCAGGUGGAUGACCAAGAAGAGGUGGCAUCCAAUGAAGCAGAGCCUGUUCUUGAGAGCUCAGAGAGGAGUGAUGAAAAAAAGUUCCGCUUCCGCACUAAGAGGAAUGCGAAGCGGCGCCGCCGCACUCCCAGCCGAUCCUACACCCACUGGGAGGAACUUAAGACGCUGGAGUACAUAAAGGAAAGCUGCUCCUACCACAAGCUGAAAGGUGUUGCCUUCUGGAAGAAGAUGGAAGCAAAAAAUAUUGUACCGGAGAGAACCUGGCAGUCACUAAAGGAACACUUCAGGCGACAAAUUAUGCCAAAGCUGAACAAAUUCCCUGCCCAUCUUACAAAAGAAUUCAACCUGUAGUCUCUCUCUCUCUCUCUCUCUCUCUCUCUCUCUCUCUCUCUCUCUCUCUCUCUCUCUCUCUCUCUCUCUCUCUCUCUCUCUCUCUCUCUCUCUCUCUCUCU